AUGUCACUGAACCAAGUCCGCGUUUCUACGCGGCACACGCUUAACUGCGCCAAUGACGCGUCAGUCGCCGCGCUCGAGUCCCCUUUCAGCCUAGGCCCGAUGGACUACACAGUGCCACCCAUGUUGACAAUCGAAGCCAUCCUCGUCUACCGAAAGCCAAAAAUACUGCCAGAAGAUAUUUUCCUUCCAGCUGGGCGCUUGAAGUUUGCUGCCUCCCACCUCUUGGAUUAUUACCCACAUUUGACUGGCCGUCUGCAGCAUAAUGCAAUCAGCCAAGCCCCAGAGAUUGAUAGCCUGGGCAGUGGCGCUGAGCUAUGGGAGGCGCAUUGCACUAGGAGACUCGAGAACAUUGCAAUUUCUGCUCUUUCAGCCCGUAUCUUGGUAUCCAAAUUGCCAGAUGAUGGGAAUGCCCUUCUCCCGAUUUUCCACCCAACAACGGGGGCUUUCUCCUGCAACCCCAUCUUUGCUAUCCAGCACACUCGAUUUGCCUGUGGAGGGGUCGCGUUGGGAAUUCGAGUCCAUCAUCUAGUCUGCGAUGCCAAUGGGUUCAUGCAGCUCGUGCGGGAUCUAGCAGAUAUCUAUAAGCAAUUGCGUGACUCAUCUCCGCCAACUCUUAUUUCUCCUCCAGAAAUUAUCUCACACUUCCGAGGAACGAACAGCCCAUCGGCUACCCAGAAGGAGAAGGCAUUGUUGUUCAACCCUCCGAGUUUCUACCUUGACAAACACACUACAAGCAUACCUGAGGCUCCAAGCCCUCCCAACGUGAUCGCCUGUUGUCUUCGCUUUCAAGGACAGGAUAUAAAUUCACUCACAAAUGCCGCAACCGACCCUGAGGCCCAGGGGCGGACCUUGUUCAGCGCCUUUGAGGUUAUCUCCGCCUAUCUCUACCAACGCAUCUAUCAAGCCAGAAUUCAAGCUUUACAUGUGAAGGGACUCAAACCAAACCCUGACUCAUUGCAUUCACUUCGUGGCUUUUGGUCAGCCGUGGACAUGCGCAACUACAAGGGUCUGAAGCUCCCUAUGCGAUACUUCCCGAAUGCCGUCUACUGCCCCUCGGCUUUUGCCUCACACGAAUUACUCACAAAUGGGGAGCUGUGGAAAGUUGCAGAAUUUGUUCAUGACACAAUUCAUUCGGUCAAAAUCAGUGAAGUCGAGCAGGAAUUUGAAUGGAUUACCGCACAGGCCAACAAGAGUUACAUCAAGGCCAAAAAUGUGGUGCCAAACGGCAGCCUCAUAGCUACCCAGUGGACUAAGGACAAGACAUACAUUGGGGUUGACUUUGAUGUUGCUCCUAAUGGCAAACGCAUUGCCCCGGCUCUGGUAUCCCCGGCAUUCACUGAAAGUCAUCGGGUGGAUGGGUACGCAGUUAUCAUGUCUACCGAGGAACAUUUGCGUCGAGGCCAAUGUGCUGCACGUUCUUUGAUCCAUGACAGUAUCCCAUGCGCUGUUGAUGUCAAUUUGGCUUUGGAUAUGUCGGUGUGGGAUGUCCUGAACAGUGACCCUGAUUUCCUGGCUCUCCAUUCCUAA